UACCAUUUUAUUUAUAUGCUUUAGUAACGCUACAUCGCUAAACUCUCCCUAACUUCAUUGCUAACUGCCUCUCUUAAACCCUUCAUUUUCAUUCCAUAGAUGUCGCUCUCUACCAACCGUCCACUCUAUGAAGAAGAAUGGUUUCAUGGCGUAUUGCCACGCGAAGAAGUCGUACGUCUGCUCAAUAACGAUGGUGAUUUUUUGGUGCGUGAAACCAUACGCAACGAAGAGAGUCAAAUUGUGCUGAGCGUUUGCUGGAAUGGUCAUAAACAUUUCAUUGUGCAAACCUCCACAGAUGGUCACUUCCGCUUUGAAGGUCCGCCAUUCCCCAGCAUUCAAGAGCUCAUCAUGCAUCAGUAUCAAUCCGAAUUGCCGGUGACGGUAAAAUCGGGUGCCAUUUUAAAACGUGCCAUCUGCCGCGAACGUUGGGAGUUGAGCAACGAUGAUGUUGUGCUACUAGAGAAAAUUGGCAGAGGCAAUUUUGGAGAUGUUUAUAAGGCAAAGUUGAAGUCAACCAAACAGGAUGUGGCCGUAAAAACCUGCCGCAUGACAUUACCCGACGAGCAGAAACGCAAAUUCCUGCAGGAGGGACGAAUUCUAAAGCAAUAUGAUCAUCCAAACAUUGUUAAAUUGAUUGGAAUUUGUGUGCAAAAGCAGCCGAUUAUGAUCGUUAUGGAACUCGUGCCGGGCGGUUCAUUGCUGAAUUAUUUGCGUAAGAAUUCAAACGCUUUGACGGCACGUCAACAAAUGGGAAUGUGCCGCGAUGCUGCGGCGGGCAUGCGUUACCUGGAAUCCAAAAACUGCAUACAUCGAGAUCUUGCUGCGCGCAAUUGUCUGGUCGAUUUUGAAAAUCAAGUAAAGAUUUCCGAUUUUGGAAUGUCGCGUGAAGAGGAAGAGUAUAUAGUUUCCGAUGGCAUGAAACAGAUACCGGUUAAAUGGACUGCGCCGGAGGCCUUGAACUUUGGCAAAUAUACUUCAUUGUGUGAUGUUUGGUCUUAUGGUAUUUUAAUGUGGGAAAUUUUCUCUAAAGGCGAUACACCCUACUCAGGCAUGAGUAAUUCGCGAGCACGGGAACGAAUCGAUGCUGGUUAUCGCAUGCCAGCGCCUGAAAACACACCGCCCGAAAUGUAUCGCCUCAUGUUGAAGUGCUGGUCCGCCGAAGCAGAUGCACGGCCACAUUUCGAUGAGAUCUAUAAUGUCGUUGAUGCACUGAUAAUACGUUUAGAUAAUAGUCAUUAG